AUGGUUUCAAAAAUGGACAAUAGUAACGUUAGCAAAAACACUACCAAUAAUAAAAGUAAUGAUACCCCAAAACUCAUGGAAGGAUCGGCAGAAUCAAUAGAUGAUAAGGCAACAGAAUCAGAAAUUUUCCAAGAUUUUAAAGAUGCGCAGAUGCUUAGUGAUGACAUAACUGAAGAGAAUAAGCAAGUGGUUUCCCCCCAUUCUGACGCGAGUAAUGAAGAUAACAGUAACAAUCCCAUUAAAGAGACGAAAAAUGAUGCCAAUAUUUCCAGUUCAAGUAAACUUGAGCCUAUAAUGGUACAUACUGCUUUGUUGGAGAAGGAUAACCCGUUCAUGGAGUCUUCUCCAAACAAUCAUCCAAAUGAGGAUGGCGUGGUUGGUAAAGUUGAUCAAAUUGAUGAAGAUAAAACCAAUUCAGAACAAGAUAUCGAAAAAGAUGUGUCAAAGGAAACGAAUGCUUCUAAAACUGAACUGACCACCAGUUUAACUAAGAAAAGUAAAGACCUAAUUAAUCCCAACGAAGCUUAUAGAAAUAAUAAGGAUGAUACUGGCCUUCUACGCUUGGAUCACAGUGCUUCCCCAAAUACUAAAGAUAAAGGUACCAUUAAUUCUUUGAAUGAACACGAGAAAUCAACUCCAAAAAUUUACUCUAAAGAUAUUGAAAAUCAAUCAAGCCAUAGUACAGAAAAUCAACCCGUAUGUAAAAUACUGGAUGCGACGAAAAUAUCAGAAGGGCAAGGAAGAAGCUACAUAGCUUACACGAUAAAAUAUAAUGAUUCUUCCGUUAAGAGAAGAUAUAGUGAUUUUGAAAGUUUAAGAAAUAUUCUUGUUAGAUUAUUCCCUAUGGUUCUAAUACCUCCGAUUCCUGAAAAGCAAUCAAUAAAGAAUUACGGUAAGGUAAUCACUGGAGCAACAUCAAAUUAUCAACUUCCAACAAAUGCUCAAACAUCGGUCGAUCUUUCAUUGUCAAUAAUUAAUGGAACGAUUAAUAAUUCGGAUGAAAAAUUGAUACGACAUCGUGUUCGAAUGCUAACACAAUUUUUAAAGAAACUUCUGAAAAAUGAUGAAAUAAUGAAAACUUCGAUCAUGCAAGAUUUCUUAAGUUCAAACAAUGCAAAUUGGAAAGAUUUUUUAAAUAGUUCGCCCACAUUCUCCACGUUGCCCAAAAAUGUCUUACAAUGUAAUCCAUUAGAUCCAACAACCACUACAAGAAUACAUGCAUCAUUACCUAUCCCAAAUUCAUCGACACAACUAGUGCUACCAAGAGAUAAUACAGAUUCGAUACCAGAAGAUCCAAAGGAUCCAUUCUCUUUUAUCGAACAAGAUUAUAAGCAAUACGAAACAUUACUAAACAAUGGCAUUUAUAAACAUAAUAGAAGAAUAACGAAAACAUUACAUGAUAUUGGGAAUGACAUGAAAGAAAUAUCAGAAUUAUUUCUGAAUCUAUCAAAUCUUGAACCAGAAAAUCAUGAACUAUUCGGUGAAUUGCUUUACGUUAGUGGAAGCUACGGGUCAUCAGCUAGCACCUUGGAUGAGUUGGUCAAUAAAUUAUACUUUAAUAUUAAUGAGCCAUUGAAUGAAUCAAUAUAUAUGAUGGGAGCAGCGAGAGAAUUAAUUAAAUAUCGAAAAAUGAAAUACUUACAACUGAAUAUGAUUAAGAAAUCAUUGGACAGUAAAUCACACCAAUUUGAAAAGUUGAGGCAACAGAAUGUAGCUAAUGAACAUUUAGAUAAGUUUAUUGAUAGUGAAACUGCUAAGAGUCACGUUAUUAAUUUGGCACGUCCACCUCAGGAACCGAGAACUUAUAGCGGGAAAUUUCUUAAUAGUUUUAAUAAAUUUGCUACUAUCGUUAAAGAUUCGGUUGUUAAUAAAGAUAUGGACCCACGUAUGACUUGUAAAAGUUUAUCAAAGGAUAUUGAACUACUGAAGGAAUCUGUGUCCGUGACAGAAGAUGAUAUGGAGAUUAUUUCUAAAGUUAUAAAAGAUGAAGAAUUACCGAAAUUUUCUAAAGAAAGAGGGGAAGAGAUGUCAACUAUAUUGAAACAAUAUUCGCAAUAUAUGAGAGCAUAUGCUGAGAAAAAUUUGGCCAUAUGGAAAGAACAGAGGGGACGAUUGGAUAAAUAA